AGGUUGGGCUGUGUGGUUCUUAACCAACUAGUAGUAGUCUAUAUUCGGCCGUCGUACUCUUCUUGUGUUGUUGUUUUUAUUAUUUGUUUUCAGCAACUGCAUAGAUAUGCCUGGAAUUGACAAGCUGCCUAUUGAAGAAACGUUAGAGGACAGUCCGCAGACACGAUCAUUGCUCGGUGUAUUUGAAGAAGAUGCUGCCGCUAUCUCCAGUUACUCCCAUCAGCUUCAUCAUGCAAUGCAGCGGAUAUACGAUGCACAGAAUGAACUGAGUGCCGCUACUCACCUCACCUCUAAGCUGCUCAAAGAGUAUGACUCUCGGCGUUUCCCACUAGGAAGUGACGAUGAAGUUAUGAGCUCUACUUUGCUACAGUUUUCUAAAGUCAUCGAUGAGCUCAGCUCCUGCCAUGCAGUCCUGUCCACCCAGCUUGCUGAUGCAAUGAUGUUUCCGAUAACCCAAUUCAAAGAGAGAGAUUUGAAGGAGAUCUUGACAUUAAAGGAAGUUUUCCAGAUAUCAAGCAGCGAUCAUGAUGUGGCUAUCAACCGAUACAGCAGACUUUCGAAACGAAGGGAGAAUGAAAAGGUCAAGUCUGAAGUUAUGGAGGAUGUGUACACGGCUCGAAAGAAGCAACAUCAGACCAUGAUGCAUUACUUCACUGCACUAAAUGCACUUCAGUACAAGAAAAAAAUUGCACUUUUAGAGCCUCUUCUGGGAUAUAUGCAAGCACAGAUUAGUUUCUUUAAGCUUGGCUCAGAAAAUCUAACCCAACAGUGGGAAGACUUCCUUACGAACAUUGGAACCAGCGUGCAAAAUGUUCGCAGGGAAAUGGAAUCAGAGAUUGAAAUAAUGCAGCAGACCAUCCAGGACUUGGAAGAAGCAAGUGAUCCUCUAUAUCUUCCGGAUCCAGAUUUAAACAAAAUUCCAGUCAACAGAAACCUGACCAGGAAGUCUGGGUACCUCAAUACCCGCAAUAAGACUGGGCUGGUAUCUUCCACCUGGGAAAGGCAGUACUUCUUCACCCAGGGAGGAAAUCUAAUGAGCCAAGCACGUGGAGAUGUUGCAGGCGGUUUGGUGAUGGAUAUCGAUAACUGUUCUGUAAUGGCUACUGACUGUGAAGACAGAAGAUAUUGCUUCCAGAUUACAUCUUUUGAUGGAAAAAAAACUGUCAUUCUUCAAGCAGAAAGUAAAAAAGACUGUGAAGAGUGGAUUUCAACAAUCAACAACAUCUCUAAGCGAAUUUACCUCAGUGAAAAUCCAGAGGAAAUUGCAGCUCGGGUGAACCAGUCUGCUCUAGAUGCAAUCACUCCAUCACCAUCCUUCCAGCAACGGCACGAGAGCCUGAGACCCACAGCACAAAGCCAUCUAAAAACUACUCGAAAAAGUAGUUCUGGAUCUUUGGUGACUGGACCAUCCACACCUGACUCCGCAGCCCUCUCUACUUUGUCUUUGGAUUCACUUGUUGCCCCAGAUACACCUAUUCAGUUUGACAUCAUCUCCCCUGUUAGCGAGGAGUAUGCAGGACAAGGAAAGGCACAGGGACAGACGGGCAGAAGGACAAACCCAUUUGGUGAAUCUGGAGUCAACAAAUCUGAAGAUAGCGAAGGCUCCAUUCUUCACCAACUUUACAUUGUCCGUUUCCUGGGCUCAAUGGAGGUCCGAAGUCAUGACAGUGUUGAUGUUAUCUAUGAAACAAUGAGGCAAAUCCUAGCUGCUCGUGCCAUCCACAACAUCUUCCGAAUGACAGAGUCGCACCUCCUGGUCACAUGUGACUGCUUGAAGCUGAUUGAUCCACAGACACAGGUCACACGACUAAGGUUUCCUUUACAAAAUGUAGUCUUGUGUACAACGCACCAAGAAAACAAGAGGCUUUUUGGCUUUGUGCUGCUGGUGGCUGGAAGUGGAAAUGAUGGGCGGCCGAUCUCUGUGUGCUACGUGUUUGAAUCUAACAAUGAGGGUGAGAAGAUGUGUGACAGCGUUGGACUUGCAAAACAAAUUGCUUUUCAUUCAGAAAUGGAUCGUAGAGAACUGGAGAAGCAAAAAGAAAAAGACAAAGCGAAAGAGAGUGAGCAGGAGGAACUAAGCAAACAAAAACAGAUUGAGAAGGACCUUGAAGAGCAAAGUCGUUUGAUUGCGGCAUCCACUCGUCCAAACCAAACAAGCGGUGAUGGGCAAGUCUUAGUUCUUGGCAGUAGCCAGUCAGAAGACAGUGAUGCCGGAGAUGAAAGCAAAAAAAAGGGAGAAUCCGAAGCAUGAAUUUCAAUAAUGGGAAAAAGAAAAUAACACAAACUGUAAGGCAUGAGAGCCUACCUGUAUAAACCGUUAAAGAGACACUGUAAAGCUCUUUACUUUAUAUAUUUAUACAAGAUUUUAUUAUAUAUGUGACUUUGGAAUAAUUGAAACACAUUUGUGGUAUUUGCCUCCGCCUAAAAAUGUUCUCCCAUUACAUCCUCAAGACAUAUCGGUCAGCGUCCAAAGAGUCUGAAGUCUAGUCAUGUUCAGUAUGCAACCUUUUAUGUUGCAGGUUUAUAAGACACUAAAAAAUAAUGAACUAACCUCCAAGGACACUUUCUGGAGUGACAACGCUCUGCUUGGCUGACUUUGUGUGGUUAUUUUGCUAUAAAUUGCUUCAUGUGAUGGAAUCGGGAGGACGCUGGGAAAAAUACUCUUCAGUCUUUGUAUUGGGAUUGGUAACAAUCAGUAUGCCUCACUUGCACUGAGAAAUCUUUUGAUGUCGCUAACAGUGGGAAAAAUAAUUUUUAUAUCCAUCUUUCAGCCUGGUUGGUUUCCAGGCAUUGUGUUUCUCUUCCUUCUUAGAGCAUAUUUAAAAAUAUACAACAGCUUUGAAACUAUUCUGGCUUUUCUAAGAAGUUUAAGUGAGGCCUGUUUUUGACGUAAGCAGGAGAUGAGGUAGUGAUGGGUAUUAGGAACUGCCAGAGAUGAAAAAGGUGGCCUUCAGAGUGUAGUCAGUAUUAUUAGUGAAGCACCACUGCAGGUUUUAUGAGAGAACUUGUAAGGACCUAUAUGUGAUAGAAGUUCCAUUUGUAAUGAAGUAUUUUAUCAGUGUAUUAAAGGAUCAUCCUCUUAAACGAAUGUUAAAAAAAAAAACUCCAGGUUUUUAAAAUCAAAAUCGGAACUUAAUUUGUUACACUUCGGUCUUUUGCAUUUUUUUCCCAGAAUGUAUUCAUCAAGUUACUUAACUUUUACCUGUCCUUAUAAUUUGAUCCUUCUUGGUUGUGUUGUGCGUUUUGCCAGGGAUUUUGAACUUUUUUCACAUAACAUUCCUGUUCGUGAUAGUCACCCUCUCAGGGGCUUUGGGACCCCUGCCUUAUUUUAAGUAAUUCUUUGAUUUAACUCUCACCAUGGGUAGUCCAGGCCUUAUCCUUGAAUAUACUGUAUGUGUGUAGCACUUUAAUAAAAUUGUAUCCUUACGCUUCACCAGGCAACAAAACUGUCUGCACAUCAUGGUUUGCUGUAGAAGAAUGAGCUAUUCAGGUUGACUCAUUGUUGUCUUCAAGGACUGUCUGAAAAUCUUGACUUCAUACAGGUCUUCCUUCAUCUUUGGAAGGAUAAUUUGCCAGCAGAUUCCAAGAUGCCUCCUAGCACUUUUAGUCAUUCCACUGAACGACUACUAGGGCUUGACUUGUGAAGUCUUGCUGCAGUAGGCCUUUCUGUAAUUCUGUAUGCGCCUCUGUCAGAACCUUCUCGUAAUACGAUGUGCAAGGGUUUAGCAUCUAAAGGACGAUGAGCUUUACAAGAAUCAAAUGUUAUUGUCUUCCAUAUUUGCGACUUCUGAAGUCAGCCACUGAAAUGUUUGGAGUGUCAUUUUUGGCAUCCGUGACAGACAUUUGCAGAGCAGAGCGAACAACGCACACUCCUCAUCAGCUGGGUUGGGUUUGGGUUACUUAAAGUUUACACCCUAGCAGACUUUAUGUAGCGCUGCCAUCAUUUGGCUCUUCUCAAAGUGGUGUGGAUACUGAAGGCAUGAACGUUCAUUGGUCUUUAUUGUGUCUCCUGAGCUGCCAUUGUUGAGUCUUUUCAGGACAUGAACAGGUUUGUUCAUAUGUGUGUUGUCUGAACUACGUGACCACCUCUUCUUAUGAGAGGUCCCUGGCUGUAAUAAGCUGGACAUUUUAUACAUACUGUAUCUGCUUGAACUCAGCAGUGCCCGUGCUCUUUAUUUCCUAUUGCUACACAUGUUAUGUUGGACCUUCAGCAUUUGUUCAUUAUUGUUCUUUUAUCAUUUGUAUGAUGUGAUCCAUAAUGUAAUGAAAUCAGAUUUUCUUUCCUGACAUUAGGGUUUCUUCCCUCACAUAAAGAAUUAUUAAUACCUGCCCUCCUUACCCCCUUGUGUCAUCACUUGUGGAGGAGUGCCAGUGCCAGUGCCAGUGCCGGUAAGUCUGAUUACCCAGUUGCACUUGUUCUGAAUUAGUUUGCUUCACUGAAUGGCUUUGUUCAGAAUUAUGGGCUAGGAGCUUGAGAUAUUAUAUACAUGAUGGAUGAUCUGUAUCCUAGGGAUAUUCAGCAGUGUGAUUAGGUUUCUUUAUUGAUUGAUUUAAUAAUGUACAUUUACUAAAAUUUAAAAAAUAUGUUCUAUCUAAAGCAGGUAGUUAGGUGGAUGUUAACAUUAAUUUUAAUGAUGGAGAGGUGCUGGUGUAACUAAUGGUGAUAAUAAUAAUGUUUAUGUAAUGAGCAAGGAGUCGGGUGUGAGUUGGGGGAUGCUUGUCAUUUUGGCAGGCUGCUGUUUGACUAAUAAUCAUUUCAAGCAUUACUGUAAUACUAUUGUAUUCAACUUUAUAAUCUAAUGCAUCCAUUUUCCAGUAAUAAACUGGCAUCAAGAAUGUUGUUGUGCAGUCAGGCUGUGAAUGAUGGGUUAUUCCAGUAGUGUCCUCGAUAGGGUAAUGCUGGUUUUGCGAAUGGGUGCUAAUGGGGACAGGAGGUGAUGUACAUGGACAGCAUGACAAAUGCCUUUUGUUUUUGUUUUGUUUUUUUAAAUAUGAAAACUUGUAUUUGCCACACUGUCUCUACUCCAUCUUCAUCGUUUUUAUGUGAAGAAUCAGUCAUGUUAACAUUCCCGUUGCUUUACUAAUGUGAAGUAUCAGGAAAAAAUAUAAACGAGUUGUGAUUUGUAUUGGUGAUGGGCAAUGCAGAAAUGCUGUUUAAGGCAUCCCGAGUCCGGGGAGUGUGGGUGGGUUUCGCUUGGUCCUUCUUUAACUAUCUGGGAAUCUUCAGUCUUGUGAGAUGCAACAGUAAAAGACCCGAUGUCCUCGUUUGUGACCUGUGCCUGCCUGCACUUGUGCAUCAGUACGUGUUGCACUUUGUGUUCUUGUUGACUUGGACCAGAAUGAUAAUGAAUAUGAAGGUGGGUGCUUUUUAUUGUGAUGUAUUGUAAAGCAGUGGACAAUUUAAGGAAAUUUUGCGUAUCUAAAAUAAUAAACCUUACACAAGUGAA